AUGUAUCCCUCAGACUACACCCCAAUGUACAGCAUGUAUCCCUCAGACUACACCCCAAUGUACAGCAUGUAUCCCUCAGACUACACCCCAAUGUACAGCAUGUAUCCCUCAGACUACACCCCAAUGUACAGCAUGUAUCCCUCAGACUACACCCCAAUGUAUCCCUCAGACAUGUAUCCCCCUCAGACUACACCCCAAUGUACAGCAUGUAUCCCUACACCCCACUACCCUCACUACACCCCAAUGUACAGCAUGUAUCCCUCAGACUACACCCCAAUGUACAGUAUGUAUCCCUCAGACUACACCCCAAUGUACAGCAUGUAUCCCUCAGACUACACCCCAAUGUACAGCAUGUAUCCCUCAGACUACACCCCAAUGUACAGCAUGUAUCCCUCAGACUACACCCCAAUGUACAGCAUGUAUCCCUCAGACUACACCCCAAUGUACAGCAUGUAUCCCUCAGACUACACCCCAAUGUACAACUACACCCCAAUGUACAGCAUGUAUCCCUCAGACUACACCCCAAUGUACAGCAUGUAUCCCUCAGACUACACCCCAAUGUACAGCAUGUAUCCCUCAGACUACACCCCAAUGUACAGCAUGUAUCCCUCAGACUACACCCCAAUGUACAGCAUGUAUCCCUCAGACUACACCCCAAUGUACAGCAUGUAUCCCUCAGACUACACCCCAAUGUACAGCAUGUAUCCCUCAGACUACAUCCCAAUAGCACUUGAAAGUCCUUCUGAGGUAUUGAACAGGUGGGAAGAGAGCAGAAAGAGGGGGAUGAGGCUGAAAGCUGGGCUGGGCAGCUUUGAGUGGAGGAGGAUGACCCAGAGGCCCAAAGACCCAGAGCCCCUCAGCCCCAUCAGGCUGCUCCCCUGA